UUGUUCGGCAACACAGUGCUGGCUGUAGUGACCUUCGACCGGGCUCCGAACUUGGGCUACGCCGCCGCCUUCUGGGGAUGGGCGCUGGCGCUGACGCUGGGGGUGCUGGUCGCCGGUGGAGUAUCCGGAGCGCACCUGAACCCUGCCAUCACGGUCGCCGUGACCACGGUGGGCAAGUUCCCGUGGCGCAAGAUCGUGCCGUACAUGGUAGCACAGUACAUCGGAGCAUUCCUUGCCUCCGUUAUACUGUUCAUCACGUAUCGCGGCGCACUGGACAACUACGACGGUGGAGUGCGGGCUGUGACGGGAUCAAAUGCUACCGCAGGAAUCUUCGCCUCCUAUCCUCAGGAAUUCGUCAGCACUGGCAAUGGCCUGGUUGACCAGAUCGUGGGCACCGCGCUGUUGGUGCUCGCCAUCUUGGCCAUCACUGAUUCGAGAAACAUGGCCGUGCCUCAGGGUGUGCAGCCGCUGUUCAUCGGCCUCGCCCUGGGUGCCCUGAUCCUCUGCUUUGGCUACAACUGUGGAGCGCCCCUGAACCCAGCACGAGACCUGGGCCCCAGGGUUUUCACCGCCAUGGCCGGGUGGGGAGUUGAAGUCUUCAGCUACCGGGACUACAACUGGUUCUGGGUGCCCAUCGUGGGCCCGCACAUCGGCGCCAUUGUGGGCGCCUGGUUGUACACGCUGGCAGUGGAGCUUCACUGGCCCGGAUCGAGCUACGACAUGGACAGCGGUAACACGGUAUCUGCCAAGGACGCACCUCGAUUCCAAUUGGCCAAUCAGAAUGAGGCAAUUUUUUAGAGAUGGUAUCGGACCAGACAGUGUUCGAAUGUGAAAUUGAAAACGUCAUCCAAAUGAGAGGAAUCAAACAGUGCGAAUUGAAGAACUGAACGCGGAGCAAGAAACAGAAAAUGGGGAUUAAGAGAAACACAUGUGGUUGGUUACCGGGAAAAAAGAAAAUCAUCGCCUCCCCCCAACAUUCACAUACAACACACUGCACACAACUACAGUCCCACCGCGGGGGCCACCACGAUCGAUGCAUCCGAUGCGAGGCAAGGCGUCUCUAUGGAGCCGUACACAUCUCAUCACAAACGUACAGUUCAAGCCUGGAUCCAUCACCCGGCUGGUGUGGGAUAAAAAACAACGAAUCGCUGGACUACUGCUGAACAUAUGGACUUCAUCUUGCGGCGCAACUGUAUUUCGAAGCUCUCCUACGCGGUUUUGAGUGUUUUCUUCAAAACGCGAGUUCAUCCUCUCUCACUGCACCACAAAUCAAUGUGCGGCUUCCUGCCACUGUUUGCUGCAUACAACUUUUAUCUCACAUUUAGUAACUACGCACUCUAGAAACCAUGUAUCGAUCGAAAGGAAUCACAUAUCCCGUGGCUAUCUGGAUACUAGUUAUGGACAUCCACAUUCUGGGCCAUUUUCCUUGGUCUUCAAUUGUGAACUGGCUUUCGUGACGUGGCAGAAAUGACGCAUUAGCGAUGACUUGCCAUAAAAAACAACUGUUUUCUCUCAAAACUUGUAUGAGUAAUAUUGAUGAAGUAAUCUAAACACGUAUUCACAAAAAAGCAUCUUACGCUAAAAUAUUCGUAAGAGAAUAUUUCAGCCGCUCACGGUGCGAGGCAUAUCAUUAGCGAAGCCGGCUGCCCAAUGAGAAAAGCCCUUGCGAAAGAGGAGUUUUGUUAGUUCGGCGCCUGAAGUACUAAGCGUUUUGCCAAACAUGACAGGAACUGCUUUGAAGAUGUAACCAUGGUCUGCAAAGAGCGCGCGAAGUGUAAUGAAAGCGGUUUUUUUUUUUUUAAUCUAACAAGUAGUUUUGCGGUGCGAGCGCGUUUUUCGCAACUCUAAAAGCUUGCCAAAGAUUUCUGGUCUUUCUCGCUGCUGCGAUCUUUAGUAACUUUAUCGCCUCUUACGCAAACGACGAUCGAAGAAAAAGUAAAUAAAGAAUAAUAAAUCUUCAUGCUGCCCGCGUUCUCAUAUACAUACCAUACCUCAUGUUGUUCAUUUUUACCAAUGAGUAUUUUUUCCCUUCCACUUGUUCAUUGGAUUAUAUGUAUAGAUAUUGUUUCUUCUGUUUCAACAUGUUAUUUUCCAUUCUUUUGUCGUUACUAAGAUAGCUAGACCUGUAUCUCUCUUUUUACAGAUUAUCUGCAGAUUUUAUCAAUCACUUUCCAGUGAGUUACUGCGACACACUAUCUUUCGAGAAAAAUAAUCAUUCCUAACGAAGAAAAAAAACUUCACCGCGGAUUUACGCUAUUCUUUGGCUGCAUUCCAUUUAAUAAAAAUGCACAACGCUUCUGCUAAACGAAGAUGUUAAUAAGAAGCAAAAGAAAGAUUUUUUUUGGGUGUCCAUUGAUGUAUACUCUUGAAUCCUGAGCAUUACGCUCGCCUGAAAUCUGAUGACUGUUCUGUUUCUUUCUUUUCUGCAGCUAUAUAUUUGAGUAAGCCACUCGAUGCUUACGUUCUUUUUCUGUGCCGCUAUGUUUUUAUUUAAAUCACACACUCGUGCCACAUUUGUAUCCUACGUGCUUUGUGUAUACACCCCCCAACCGCAGCAUUCGUUUAAACACUGGGCUGAUGUUAUCAAAAUAUAGAGACAGAGCUAUGUUUUAAUAACGGAAACAGUGCGUGGUUUCACUGUCUUGCUUUUUUUUUUUGUCGAACAUGCACGUUUGUAAUAUGCGCAAACGCAAAUGUUAAUCCACGCAGCAGCUUUACAUUUAUCCAACACUGCGUUGAGAAAAAAAGAAUAAGAGAAGCCGAGCGAAGCGCGCGCUUAUAUUUGCCUGUAUUCGCGUUCUCUGGAUUGUUAUUACUGUUGUUGUUGUUGUUGUUACGUGAAUUUCUGUCACAUCUCGUCCAUCAUGUAUUCCGACAAGCGGUUACUGUUGUUGCAUUGUCUUCACUGGCGUCCUGAAAUAAACACCACGUUGUAGUCUGUUAA